GGGUAGGUGCCAUAGGAGUAAUCCUCUCGGACCGAUCGAGAUCUCCCUACUCAAGCUCAUCUCCCAUCCGAGUCAACUCAACCUCUUCCGGUACUUCAUUUUCUCCAUCAAACUCUGACUCACGCAAGUGGUGGAGUUGAAAUUGAGAAUUGGGGAUUGAGCUGUGUCAAGAGGAAGAGAAAAAGAUGAGUGAAGUAUUUGAAGGAUAUGAGAGGCAAUAUUGUGAGCUCUCUGCCAAUUUGUCUAGAAAGUGUAACUCUGCUGCUCUUGCUGAUGGAGAGCAAAAGAACCAACAAGUUUCUGACAUCAAAGCAGGACUUGAUGAUGCUGAUGUUUUGAUUCGGAAAAUGGAUCUUGAGGCAAGAAGUCUGCAGCCAAGUUUGAAGGCUACACUGCUUGCUAAGCUCAGAGAAUAUAAAUCUGAUUUAAAUAAGUUGAAAAGAGAAGUUAAGAAAUUAACAUCAGCAAAUUCUGUCCAAGCUGCCCAUGAGGAGCUGUUGGAGGCUGGAUUGGCCGAUUCGCAUAUGGCUUCUGCAAACCAAAGAGAAAGAGUGAUGAUGACUACGGAGAGACUGAAUCAGUCGAGCGACCGAAUCAGAGAAAGCCGGAGAGCAGCUCUGGAGACAGAAGAUCUUGGAGUCUCAAUCCUCGGGGAUUUGCAUCAACAACGUGAAACUCUUCUACACUCUAAUACGAAGCUUCAUGGAGUAGAUGAUGCCAUCGAUAAGAGCAAGAAAGUCUUGACUUCUAUGUCCAGACGGAUAACACGGAAUAAGUGGAUUCUUGGCUCCAUUAUUGCAGCCCUCGUCCUGGCCAUCCUCGUUAUCCUGUAUUUCAAGCUAUUUCAUUAGUUAACCUUUUGAUUCCUUUGGGCUUGUAUAUAGAUUAUAUUGCUGACCAAUCACUUUGGCAUGUAUUUACUUGUGUAUUUUGGUUCAUGUUCCAUUAUAAUUUGCACUUGUGGUUUGCCACUCGACAGCACACAUUUUCUCUUCAAGGUUAAAUAGCGCAUAACAGGCAUGUGUAAUCGAAGUACGCCGCGGUUUCUGGUUUUUAUCAAUGAAACAUAAGCAUGAUAAGAAAGCGUUUGAUCGAUCA